AUGUGCGACGCCGCGGUCAGGGAAGGGGUGGCAGCCUGCCCCUUCCUCCGCAGAGUAGCUGCCACGCAGGGCCAGGAGUUUGCCGUGCGCCUGGCGAUAAACCCACUGAAACCCGUUCCCGACCCCUCGGAGUUCCUGACGCGGCUGCGCCGGCGGCGGGACUCCGGGCGCAAGGGCCGCCAACCCCACGGCCCGCGCGCCGGCGGCAUCAAGGGCAGCGCCCGCGCGCCGCGCCUGUCCGCCUCGGGCGUGGCCGGCCACUCCGGCGCCAGCCCGCUGGCCGCGCUGGGCCCGCUGGCCGCGCUGCUGCCCACCACGGCUUCCGGCCACCUGCGCUGCCCGGCCGCCAUCACGCGCAUGCGCGGUUUCGUGGCUGGCCUGGGCGCGGUGCGCGGCCUGCGCCCGCAGGCGCUGCCUGUGCGCGGAGCGGCGCUGGCCGCCGUGGCCGCGCUGGGCAAUGUCCCGGCCGGCGCAGCGCGGGAGCACACCGCCAAGUUCUCCCCCGCCUGGUUCGCGGCGGUGCACGUGGCCGUGCCCUUCGUGGCCAUGCUGCGCAAGGCGGUCCUGCUCCCCAACUGGGCCCUGCUGCUGACCAUCGCCGGGUCGGUGGCGGGGCAGGCCGCCGGCGCGCGCCUCGAGCGCGCGCGCCUGGCAGGCACGCUGGACCUUGGCGGCGCACUGGCCGCGCUGGGCGCGCUGGCCGCGCUGCCGGAGGCCCGCGAGGGGCGGGACGAGGAGAGCGUCUGGCCCGCCUUUGCCCACAAUCUGUACUGGAUGAAGGAAGGUUGGGUCAGGUAUUGA